UGUAUGAAGAAGAAAAAACGGAAGUGUGCCGUGCUAUCGUCGAUAAAACAUGUGCAGGUCAAAAUUACUUUUUAGCAAAUCUAAUAGUUAGUUAAUGUAAUUUGAACACUCUUGUAAGGUUGUUGUGCAUACAAAUUGACGAGUAACACGACAACUGGAGAUGGAUAGAGUAAAAUUUGCCGAUAAGUGAAGUAUACCAAAAUAACGUAAGUAAUAGCUGUGAAUUGUAAUUAAGUCAGUGUCAUGUUAACACAACACCUUAUUAGUUGAUCGUACUGCGUUUAAACAACGUUAAAGUUGUCAACGUGUGGUUAAACGUAACUGGAAACGUAACCAUUAUAAGUAAUUAUUAUCAAGAUUGCAGUGCUUCCUGUGUAGACAUGGCUGAUGCAUUCAGUAGCAGCUCGGAAAUUGCAAUGCUGCGUCAGUUUGACGUCCAAGUGAAGAAACGAACUCCUCUGGACAAGCUUGAUGAAUUUUAUCAGGUUAAUAAGACCUGUGACUUCAUUUGUCAGAAUCACUUCGAGAAGGUAGCCUUGCAGUUUCCUGAUGACCUCCUGCAUGACUCCACUGCCGUUGCAGCUGAGAUAGAGAGAACUACUCAAACAAAAGUUUUCAUUCUCGGAGAUACAUCAUAUGGCAGUUGCUGUGUGGACGAGGUGGCAGCAGAGCACGUAGGGGCAGACUGCUUGGUUCAUUAUGGUCACGCCUGCCUGAGCCCCACUAAAAGACUACCUGUCAUGUACGUCUUUGACAGAGGACACCUCGACCUGGACAGGUGUACCUCAGCCUUCACUGAACUGUAUCCUGACACACAAGCCAACAUCCUCCUAUUCUAUGAUGUCAGAUACACACACGCUAUGGAUGACGUGAUGACAAAGUUGUGUGUCGUUUAUCCAAACGUUGUAUUGUCACAAAUCGCAGUGGAAAGCGAGUGUUGUCACAACUACAACAGGACUGAAAGUAAAUGUGAAGAAGACACGAAUAAAGAGAGUUACUUUGGAAGAAAGUUUAUUUUGAAGAGCGGACUGAGCGUGGAGGACUGCAAUAUUUUUUACGUUGGUCAAGAGGGAUCAACUUUAAUAAACUUGAUGAUGACCUUGAACCGCUGUUCCUUCACCUCCUUUGACCCCAAUACGUCGUCAGGAAGAGUCGAGUCAGCGAAUAUCAAUCGUGCUCUGAUGAAACGUUAUUAUGCCAUAGAGCGUGCCAAGGAUGCCAAUGUGGUCGGCAUCCUAGUGGGCACUCUUGGCGUGUCGGACUACUUGUCCAUCCUCCAGCAGUUGAAGGACGUUAUACACGCGGCCAACAAGAAGACGUACGUCUUCGCUAUGGGAAAAAUUAAUGUGCCGAAACUCGCAAACUUUUUGGAAAUUGAUAUUUUUGUUUUGAUCGCUUGUCCUGAAAACUCCUUGUUGGAUUGUGCUGACUUUUAUCGACCUGUGGUGACGCCUUUUGAGAUGGAAAUGGCCUGCAACCCAAACAGGAAGUGGACUGAAGAAUAUGUUACAGACUUUAGACAUCUUCUACCAGGUGGACAAAGUCAUGUACUUUUGUCUGGCGGCCAAGAAGAAGAAACGGAGACAAACAUGUCUUUAAUCACAGGAUCUAUGAGAAGCUGCAAGAUGAACACAGAAGAAGUAGUUAUUUCACAGAAUUCUUCUCUGGUCCUCAGAAAUCAGACCUUGACUGUUGCUAACACAAACUCAGCAGCAUCUUUUCUGGCCAAUCGCAGUUGGCGAGGAUUAGAGCAGAAGUUGGGAGAAACGCCUGUGAUGAAAGCUGUGGCGGGCAGGAAGGGCAUUGCCAUCGCCUACGAAGAUGAAGGAGCAGCUUCAUGAUCACAUUACUGUAAAU